GGUAGAGGCUGGGCCAUGAAAGAAGAUAAGGAGAAAGCGAGGCCCAAGGAGAAGCGGCCGCCCUCGUUGGCAGUCUCGUCUGCAGCAGCGACAGCAGCAGCAGCAGCAGAGACAGCGGCGGCGGCGGUCACCAAAGCAGCGGUUACCGCAGCUGCGGCGGCGGUAACUGCAGCCUCAGCCCCAGCCCCGGCCCCUGCCCCAGCUCCAACCCCGGCCCCGGCCCCAGCCCCAGCCCCAGCUCCAGCUCCAACCCCGGCCCCGGCCCCACCCCCAGCUCCAGUUCCAGCUCCCCCUGCAGCGAGCUUCGGCGGCGGCGCGGCAGCGGACUACGCUAAGACCCAGGACAGAAAGCCCGAGCGAUUCAAAGACAAGGAGAUGCUGAGCAAGGUGAUCAUUCGGAGGUUGCCUCCUACUUUGACCAAGGAACAGCUUGAAGAACACCUUCAACCUCUGCCUGAACAUGAUUAUUUUGAGUUCUUUGCAAAUGACUCUAGUCUGUAUCCUCAUAUGUUUUCUAGAGCAUACAUCAACUUUAAAAACCAAGAGGACAUUGUUUUGUUCAGGGAUCGAUUUGAUGGUUAUGUUUUCGUCGACCAUAAAGGUCAGGAGUAUCCUGCCAUAGUGGAAUUCGCUCCUUUCCAAAAAUCAGCAAAAAAGAAGAACAAGAAGAAAGAUGCCAAAAGUGGGACUAUUGAGGAUGACCCUGAGUACAAGAAGUUUUUGGAGAGUUAUUGUGCAGAGGAAGAGAAACUGACGUCUACCCCGGAGACUCUGUUAGAAGAAAUAGAAGCAAGAAAUAAAGAGCUGAUAGCCAAGAAGACAACUCCCCUUUUGAACUUCUUGAAAAAUAAACAGAGGAUGAGAGAAGAGAAGAGAGAAGAGAGGCGACGGAGAGAGAUCGAGAGAAAAAGGCAAAGAGAAGAAGAAAGGAGAAAAUGGAAGGAAGAAGAGAGAAGAAAAAGAAAGGAUACAGAGAAAAUCAAGAAGAUUGAGAGAGGUCCCGAAAAAGAGAGGGAUAGAUCAAAGGAUGAACCAAAGAUUAAGCUGCUCAAGAAGCCAGAAAGAGGAGAUGAAAAAGAAUUGGAAAAAAGGGAAAAAUCCAAGAGAUUGGACAAAGAGAAUCUGAAUGAGGAAAAAACCAAUGGGCAGAGUAGUGCGGCCGCCAAGCGUUCUGAUGGGGAGUCGAAAGAAGAGAAAGCCAAGAAAUCUGAAGAUGAGGGUGGCAAAGACCACAGGGAGAGGGACAAGGACUAUGAAAGAGACAAGGAGCGAGAGAGGCAGCAGCGAGAGAAGGAGAAACUGAGGCGGCAGGAAGAAGACAAAAGGAGACAAAAGGAACGCUUUGAGAAGGAGAAGACCUUUAGAAGAAAAGAAGAAGAAAUGAAAAAGGAAAGAGAUCUACUUAGGGACAAAGGAAAGAGGAGUGAUGGUACAGAUUUAAUAGGCAACUCAGACAGGAUGACCAAAGAGGACAGAAAAGAAGAUGCAGCGAAAAGAGAUCGCAUAAGAAACAAGGACCGCCCAGCAAUGCAACUCUACCAGCCAGGUGCCCGGAGCCGGAACCGCCUGGGACCCUAUGAAGACAGCCCUUUGAAAUCUGCAGAGCCAGCUCCAGAUAAAAAGCAAGAGAAUGAGAGUAGGAAAGAAGAGGAAUGAUGGGCCCAGAUAGUUCACUGUUCUGACUGUGCCAAAGAGCAGGAAUCAAGCAGUCUAGCAGUGCCUUCAAAAAAGAAGGAAUAGAGAGAGUAUCUCAGAGGGUCCAGGUGCUGGUGGGCUACCUUUCAGAUGAGCAUUGGGGGGGGGGGCAAACGCGGAAAUCUUUGUUCAAGAGGCUAAAUUUGAGGCGAUUCUUAUCUAUGCAGCUAUUGGAAUUUUUUUUUUUAGGGUUUUCAGAUAACAGUGAGGAAAAUGAUUUGAGGUUUACUUGAUUUGAGGUUUGCUAGAAUAUGGAAAUGUCUUCUGUGGCCUUAAUUACAUGUGCUAAAGUUGGAAGGCUGUAGCUGAGAUUGAAAGGUUUUGGUCAGCAAAACCAAAAAUGCAUUCAUUUGAGGUAGACUGAGCCACCUGUGAAGGAAGGCUGGCUUCACCUUAAGUCGUACCGUAUCACCGUGUCAUUGGAAUUAAUUACCAGAUAGGAAUUGACUAGAAACGAAAAGCAUCCUACUACUUUAGGCGAGACAAAGAUAUCAGACUACUUUCGAAUAACAAACGUUUUAGGUGACCUGCCGACCAUGGGCAAAUAAUGUCUAUAUCCUCCGUACGCCAACACUGGCUUUUUUUUGAAUAGAAGUUAGCAUCUGAGAAUAGUUCAAGCAUUUCUUCUUGUUUGGACCUUUUUGUUUUUGUUUUUGUUUUUAGAACAGAAUUAUCCAAAAUUCAGCCCUCUAGAAUUUGUCAUCUCCAUCAUUGCUUCAUCUUAUCCUUUAUGGCAUGAAUUCAUUUCCUGUCCCAGGCACAAUGGUCACUACCACUUAUGGUCACCUUUUAUCAUAGGAGAUUUCAGUUUUCACUAUUUUGUACCGAUAUCAAUAAAGUUCUGAGCAAACAGCAAACUCUAAAA